CGGUCGCGUUUUGAUCUCGGCAUUCUCGCCAUUUUGGGUCAUUCUUGUAAGGAGUUUCUACGUGAUAUUAUUUGGAUCAUGCCAGCAUGAGCUGAGAUCAGGCAAUAUCAAAAUGGUGGAUGCAGAGACACAGACAUACACCUCCCUCUCGGAGGAUGCCCACUACAUGGUACAAAAGGCUGUAGAGAAGGGAAAUGACAUAUUUUAUGUCAGUAACAACCUCAAUACCAAAGAAACAACAUACUUUGGGACAGAUCUUGGGAAGAAGUUCUUGGAUAGCAAACGGGAAUUACUGCUGGAGUUCUACAAGUUCUGUGUUGAGACCUAUUCAUCAGAAUCUGGUGUAGUGAUUAUAAGUUCAGAGAGCACAGAGGAAGCUACAACUGCCAAAGUAGAUGAACAGUUGAUUGAAGAAGAAGAAAUGGAUGAUGAUAAAGACGAAGACUGGAAGGCUGAGAAGAAAACUCCCAAGGGCCCCAGUAAAGUGCGACACAUGCUCAGACGUACUCCAAAGACAGAAACUGAGGAGAAGGCUGGUGUCAAGUGUGACAGAUGUCAUCAGAUUUUUAAAACAGAUGAAUACCUCAAACAGCAUAUGCAGAUUCAUCAGAGAAUCAACUACCAUUGUCCAGAGUGUGACAGGCCCUUUAGUGUAAAGCGAUACAUUUACAAUCACAUGAAAACCAUGCAUGGAAAAGAUUACAAUGCUUCGAUACAGAUUAAGAUGACUCCGUAUGUACCAUCUGACUGUUCAGAAUGUAAAGAGACUUUUCCUUCCGCCGAAAUGUUGGAGAUACAUAUGGAUAGAGAACAUCGCUCUAAAUCAGAAAAACAGGCAAGGUCUAAAUCUGCCACACCUAAAAGUGCCACACCAAGGACUUCUCAGAGAAUCCGUAAAGCAACAGAGAAAGUGAAGAACAAUACAGAGGGGUCUGAAAUCAAAGAGAAAGUUGAGGAAGAUGAAACUGUAAAAGCAGAAAAGGACAUGGAGUCAGGUUCUGAAGAGAAAUAUCCUUUUGUAUGUCGAAUCUGUCAGAAGGGGUUCAAUCUGAGACGUUCUAUAGGGGUGCACAUGCGAAAAUCGCAUGAUUUGGCUUAUCAGGAAGAGGGAAGUAUUGAGUCAGAAAAGGAGGAAGUAAAAGAUGAAGAUGAAUUGCUUCCCAUUAGUCUUCCUGCAGCAGCAGAUUCAGUGGAUGAGCGAGAAGAUGGUGUCAUUAUGACAAGAUCAGGGAGGAAGUCCAAGAAAACUAGCAAACUUUUGGAGAGUGAAAGUCCAAGCAAAAUGCCCGAAAGUCCAAAAAAGUUUUCAUCUGAGAAAUCCACACCCAAAGGUAAUCUAAAAUCAAAUGUUGAGGACAUCAAGGGGAUCGCCGAAAAGAAAGAAGAGAAUGCAGACCUUGAGCAUGACAAUACCAAGGAAAAUCAAUCUGAUGAAAAACCAGAUUAUACAGAUGAAAGUGGUAAAGUAAUGGAGGAAGAAAAUAAAACUGAUGAUUUACAAACAAAUGUUAUUGAAGAAAUGAAAGAAGAUGAAGAAAUUCAUGAAUCUGAAGAGGAAUACAACCCUAAUGAGUCUGAAAAUGGUGAAGAUGAUGAUGAUGACUUCAAACCAAAAGCUUCCAGAAGUACCCCAAAAGGACUCAGGGGAUUAAGAGGCAUCAAAAGAAAGUCAAUUAUUGAUGAAGGUAUUGAAGUGGAUGGAGUGCUACUAACCACACCUGGCAGAAAGAAGAGAAAGGAUAGCAAAUGGAACAUUCCACAACAGAGAAUUACAAAUCAGAAUUUGCUAGUGGGUCGUUGUGAGGAGACAGUUGUUGACAACAAGGUUUGGUACAAAUGUCUUUUAUGUAGCAAAACUAUGCGAAUGCGUACUGCAAUUAUCAAGCACUUGAAAACUCAUGAUGAAAUGCUUGAAGGAUCCUACCAAUGUUACAUAUGUGAUGUACGCUUUUCUACGAAUUUCAAACUUGGGAAUCACUUGAGAGAUGUUCACAAAAAGCUGAAUGCCUUUGAGUGCGAGAAAUGUAAACUCAGGUUCAGUGGUCGUAAGGCAUUUAUAGAACAUGAAGCCAUUUGUAAUGUUGAUCCUGAUAGUGUUGCCCCGCAGCCACUUAGUGAAGAGGAAUUAAAAAUUCAAAUAACAUGCUUAUUCUGUAAGCAAGAGUUUCAGGCAAAGGAAGAGAAAGAAGAACAUGAAAACACUCAUGUGAAUGAAAGUGGAGCCUUUCUUUGUCCCCACUGUGACUUAACCUUUUUAGAGAAAAGCUUUUGCAAGCUCCACAUCUUGACAAUCCAUAGUCCAGAGGACAACAUGGUGGAGGAGAAGAAUGUAAACCCACUCCAAUGCCGUUUAUGUUUGAAAAUUUUAAACACCCAGGAGACAUAUGACACACACAUGAAAAUCCAUGAGGAUGAGUCCUUGGUAUGCAAAAUUUGCAACAAGCGCUUCAACUACCCUUACACCCUGAGAAAUCAUCACAUGCUUCAUCACUCGGAGGAUUUUGCUUUCCUGUGUCCUUAUUGUCCACAGAAGUUUAAAUUGAAGCGUUACAUGACCAAGCACGUCAGUGAUAAACACGAAGGGGAUACCAAACCAAAGGAGAAGUCGGAUAUGGAAACCUGUAAAGUUUGUGACACACCAUACAUCUCAAAAGUCGAGCUCUUGGAACACAUGAAAGAAACUCAUGAGCAUGUUAUCAACACUCACCGUAAAGUCACAGAUGAUCCAGAAAAGUUUGGCUGUGCUAGAUGUCAUAAGGUUUACAACACAGUUGAUGAUUUCAUCAUCCAUGUGUCCAAUCACAGGCCCAAGAAAAAAUUAGUGUGCGUUCAUUGUGGAAACACGUUCAACACCAAGUCAAACCUCAACACCCAUGUGAGAUUGAAGCAUAGCACAGUGCGUCCAUUUGAAUGCAACAUCUGCAAUAAAAAGUUUGCUUUACGCACCCUUUUGAACCAGCAUAUUCGUUUCCAACAUUGCAAUGAGCGACCAGUUUCCUGCACCAUCUGUGGGAAGGGAUUCAGAACUAAGAGUCAACUCCAGAAACACAGCUAUUCCCACCGAGAAAACACCAUUGAUUGUGAGGCCUGUGAACACAAAAGUUGGACGAUGGAGGGAUACAAGAUUCAUCUGGUAGCCACCCAUCCAGAAUUGGCUGUAGAGAAGAAAAUCCAUCAUUACACAUGUCAGUACUGCAGUCGCAGAUUUGCUGUGCUUCAUCAGUACAAGCGUCACUUGGCUAUCCACACAGGCCAAAAGCCUCACAAAUGUACCCAAUGUGACUAUGCAUGUUCAAGUAUGGGAACACUCAACAGCCACAUCAAGAGGGUGCAUAAUCCUUCCAGUCGAAUCUUCCAGUGCAACUUCUGCUUCAUGACCUUCUCAGAGGCUGGAAAAAUGUACCGCCACAUGGACACCACAAAGCACAUAGAAAACUGUCGCCGUAAUGGUGUGGACCCUCACACCAUCAGAGAAGAUGUCUCAUACCUCAUUAAGAGCAAAGAAGGCACCACGUCCAGGCGUGGUUACAAUAUGGGACAGUCCAUGAAGAAGAUGAGGCCCACGGAGAUUAUCAUUGAAAAUGUUGAGCAGAUGGAAUCAGAGGUUCAAUUAGAGGCAGUUGUAGAGGACCCAGGAGAGUACUCUCAGGAGGAGCUGAAGAUUGAAGUGCCAGUGGCAACCUCAGAGGAAGAGGUGACAGAGGUCAUUCAAGAAGUCCAGGAGGUGCAAGAAGAGGAGGUUCAAGAGGGAGAACAACAGAUUGAGAUCAACAGUGAAGUUCUGCAGCAGAUUCUUCAGGGAGCAGCACUUGGUACAGGACAAGACCAAUUGCCACAAAACAUUGAGAUCAAAACACAGUUGGAUGAGGAUGGCAUGCAAUGUUUUGUAAUUCAGCUGCCAGAAAAUUCUGAGUUUACUGUUGUUUAAUAAGAAAGAUGGUAACUUAUUCAUUGUGAAAAGUUUUUAGGUCACUUGAGUCACUCAGGUGACCUAUUUGUUAUAGGUCUUCGUCCGUCGUCGUGUGUUAAAAAUUGAACAUUUUUAACUUCUUGAUAAUUACCAUUCCAAUUCUUUUCAAAUUUGUAUGAAGUAUCAAUUGUAUCUUUCAGAACCCCUGCACCCCCAGGGGCAGGGCAAAUACUGCCAAAAUUGACUAAUUUUCAAAAAUCUUCUUGUGUACAACUGCAUGCCUGUAAGAAAAACGGAAUGCAUAAUCAUGUAGAGCAGGAAAGCCUGUACCAAAAUUGUAAAUUUCAUGAUCUCCAAGGCAAAGGUUCUGACUCUAGAGUUGGACCAAACUUGGUGUAUUGUUUAUAUGUAAGACAUUAAAAUAACAUCUUUUUUAUUGCUAUUGAUACUAAAUUGAAACUAAAUGGAUAUUUAGAAACAGCAGAUAGCCCUUUACCAAAAUUAUAAGUUUCAUGAUCCCAAGGUGAGGGAUUUUGGUACCAAGAUGAUGUCAUAAUAGUGAUAGUAUCAUAGUCUUUAUCAUUUGAAAGAUAACUUCUAUAAUUUUGCUGAUUAUGUAUAAUAACUUAAUGCAUAUUUUGGAAAAGCAGAAAAGGAUCUACCAAAAUUGUAAUUUUACAACCCCAGGGUUCUUACUCUAAGGCAGGUCCAUGAUAAUAAUAUAGUGUUGAGGCCAAUUCAACUUAAUUAGUAGAUUAUCAUCCAGGGUCAGCAAAAGUAUGGGGCGGGUGGGAGGAUUUUAUUUUCUGAGAAAAAUAUUAAAGACAAACGAGGUUUUUUCCCCCCAACAGAUCUGCAUAAUUUAAUGGCAGAUGGAUAUCAAUCUAUGCUAUUUUCAUACACUAAUUCCAGGUUAAGCUUUAAUUUAAGGAUAUAACAGAUAUAAACCUAACUUCUUCAAGAUUUACGUCUGUAAAAACGUGAGAAAUUAAGCAAACCAUAUAAAUCGCUAGUUUCGCAAAAUUAAAAAAUUUCGGGGCGGGCCAAUUUUUGAGGGGUGGGCGGGGAUGAUAAUCUAUCAAUUAAGUUGAAUUGGCCUAAUAUAAAAUGUUUUAUUAUGUAAUGUCUUCCAUCAGUAUGGAAACUUGCUUUGGGGCAUUUGUAUUUUAAGGACACAUCUUGGUUUUUACUGCUGCUAAAUAUAGAAUGCAGAGCAGGAAAAUUAUAGAUUCCAUAGCCCUUGGGGAUUAGGGAUACUUUUUGACUAAUACUUGGGUGACUGGUAAGGCUGUGGGCCUCUUGUUGAAAAUGAUUAUGUCUUGAAACAUGAAGAGAGGAAAGAAAAAUUAUUAGCUACACUGUAAGGUAGAAGAGCCAGAAAAUAGAAAUUCAGGGAUGGCUGUAUUAUGAAAUCAUGCUUUAUGGUGGACAAAUUGUCAUGGUUACCACAAGUUUUACCCAUUUCCUUGGUAUGUUACCACAUUUGUAAACUGCAAUUAUUUUUGUUCUGUCCAACAGCAUUUUCUUUUAAUUGAUUGCUUAACUUUGAUGAAUUCAGAGAUCUCUCAAAGGAAUGUAUGAAAGUUAACCUGCUGUGAAAAAUAUUUCACUGCAAAGGACCUCCCCACUUUAGCUGUGACAAACGGUCCCUGAUGAUUUAGUAAAACAUCAAAUUUCGAAUUAUACAGUUUACAAUGACCCAAGAUUAGUACCUUAACUUAGAGGUUUGGCAUUUUAUUUUACUAAAAAGUUUAUAUUAACAGUAAGAGCUAUGUCAUCUUUUGAAAUCAGGUUUAUCUGUUUUUGUUAAAUCUCUAUCGAUAUAUUCAUCAAAUGAUGCCUGGCUUGCUUGCUUGUUGUAAGAGGUUGUGUUUUUCAGACCUUUUUCCGUAACGGAUGCAUGUACAGUUUUUAAAUUUGGUCACAAUUUUUCCCUCAAGAAGUGUAAAAAUGAGUUUAUCAGAUUUAUGUCUAGAAGUAGGUCAAACAGUUUUCCAGACUUUUUUUCAUUACAAAUACAGAUAUUGCCCUGAAAUUUAGUCACAAGCUUCCUCUCAAAGGAAUACAAGUUCAGGUUUUGCAUUACAGCUGUAUUGUUGCACUGUGAUGUACUUUAGGGCGAAAACUAGGUCAAAAAGUUUCCUGGACCUUUUCUCACAUUGCAAUCUCCCUCUCAGAGAAAUACAUACUCAGUUCAUAUUGGUGCACCAUGACCUACUUUUCUAUUCAGAAUGUGUGUAAUAUAAAUUCAGAGUGCAUAAUGUGCUUGCAGAUUGAAUUUCACUGUCUCACGGGCGUAUGUUGUACCGUUAGUGGUACUCUUGUUUGUAUUGAGCACAAGGCUGUUCAGAUUUCUCUUUUUUAUUACAAGUCGUAUUUGUAAUAAAGAAAAUUAUAUCCAAAAUGCAAGACUGGACAAUCUUGUGCUGGUGAUGAAAUUCAUAAAAAUAUAUACAAUAAAAAUCUGCGAAUACUCUACAUUUUCUUUCUACCUCAUUUACCUGUAUUGACCUUGGGUAGUAAUUCUAUAGUUUGCAGGCUAAGGGUGACCAUUUAAAACUUUUCUACCAAUAUCCCGGGGAAAAUGACUGUACACAUACUGGAGAUACAUCAGUGUUUAAUAUUUACCAAAAAGUAUAGAUAAAUCAAUUUCUCUUCAAAAAGAGGGAUGUUGAAGAGGAACCACAAACUACAGCUAAAGUGGGAAGAUCCUUUGUAGUAUUUUUAUCACAAAAAAUAAAGUGCAGAUGCUGGAAUUGAAAUGUUAUAACUUGUUGCUUAGCUAUUGUUAGGUCAUUUGUACAUUUACUAUAUGUAUUGGCAAUAAGAAAGUUUCCUUGUUUGACAGUCCACACAUACAUGUAUGCGUAUCAAUGAUUGCCAUACCAAGAUAUAAUGAAAAUUGUUCUAACAUGCAUUAUAUAAGGUGUUGUAUUUGAGUACAUGUAUGUACAUAUAUACAUUGAGAUAGGAUUAGUUAUUGUGGGGUUAUUUGUCAUGGAAGUAGCCUUGAUAACAUUAACGUAUAUUUAAAAUGGUACUGGCAGUCGUGUAUUGAAGUACUGAAUUUGUAUUAAAUAAAUUUGCUAACUUUUUCUGUCAUUUAAGUUUGGUAACUUGCAAAUUUUAAAAUAAUGGUAUUUAUUUUCAGAACUGUGUCAGUUUUAAUUGAUAUGUUAUUUAUGUAAUUUAGAUUUAUUUUAAUGUAGUUUGAACUUUGAAUAGUGUUAAUAAAGUAAGUGACACUUGCA